AUGGAUGGUUUGGUUGGGCUGUUGAAGGUGCGCGUGGUGCGUGGGAUCAACCUUGCCUACCGCGACGCAAGAGGCAGUGAUCCAUAUGUUGUCCUUCGCCUCGGCAAGCAGAAACUGAAGACCAGCGUGAAGAGGCGAUCUGUGAACCCUAUCUGGCAUGAGGAGCUAACUCUGUCAAUCACGAACCCGAAUGCACCAAUCAAGCUUGCGGUGUUUGACAAGGACACCUUCAGCAAGGACGACCCAAUGGGGAACGCGGAGAUCGAGGUGCUGCCCUUUACGGAGGUCCUGGAACUGGACACCGAGGGCAUCCGCAACGGCACCGUGGUGCGGUUGGUCGCGCCGAGCAGCGGGAACUGCCUCGCCGAGGAGAGCCGCGUGUGCUGGAAGAACGGCAAGUUCGUCCAGGACAUGAUCCUGCGCCUCAGGGACGUCGAGAGCGGGGAAAUAAUGCUGAAGCUGGAGUGGGUCAAUAUGAAGAAGUGA